AUGGCGAACCAGAAGAUAAGGCUUGCAACUUCUUCUCCGGGGACACAGGAAACCCUGAAGCAGACGCUCGUGCAGCUCCAUGACAUUGCACGCCGCGCCGCCGCGGAGAAGGCGGACAUUCUCCUGCUCCCAGAAGCUUACCUGGGCGGAUAUCCUCGCGGAUCCAAUUUCGGCUGCAAGAUCGGGGAGCGCACAGAAGAGGGCCGCAAUGAGUACCUUCAGUAUUUCAAAGCUGCGGUUGACCUCGGGGACACCGUCGGCAACGGCGCCGGGGCAGGGGAAGCAUGGGUCCAACGACGACUGGGCGGUGAUUCUGCGGAUGGCAGCACGAAGCGAGGAGAUGGCACCAGAGAGGAGCUUGAACGAAUUGCCAGGGAGACUGGAGUUUUCGUUGUCACAGGACUAAUCGAGAAAGCCGGAGGCAGUCUGUAUUGCGCUGUCGUCUACGUUUGUCCCCAGCUGGGUAUCAUCGGCAAGCGAAGGAAGACGCAACCAACCGGCACCGAACGCCUCAUCUGGGCGCAAGGCUCGCCUGCAACCCUCAAGGCCGUGAGCACAACGAUCAAGGGCGUGCGCAUCAACCUGGCCGCCGCCAUCUGCUGGGAGAGCUACAUGCCGCUGCUGCGGCAGGCCCUAUACCAGCAGAACAUCAACCUGUACCUGGCGCCGACGGCGGACGGCCGCGACGCCUGGCUGAGCACAAUGCGCACCAUCGCGCUCGAGGGUCGCUGCUUCGUUGUCAGCUCCAACAUGUGCGUCCGCAAGAGCUCGCGCCCUGCGGCCCAGACGCAACAGCAGCAGCCAGCCCAGUCGCCCACCGCGGCACUGGACAUGGAACCCGACGGCGAGCCCCUGAACGGGAUCCCCGAGUCCCACCCCCGCGGCGGCGGACGACGCAACUCGUGCUUCACGGAGGAGGGCUUUGAGAUCGCGCUGCCGAGCCCCGGUGGCGUCGGCCACGGCCACCCGGCGGGCCACACCAAGAUGGAGCGGCGGCGCUCUGUUUUCGAUGAGGACGGGCACGAGAUCGUGCUGUGCGGGGACACGUCGGCCGUCAUCGAGGAGGAGAGCGGCAGCGGCAACAACAGCGCCCAGAGAAACGGGACGGCCGCGCCGCGUCAGAAGCAGCAGGCGUCCUCCAAGACCAACGGCGUUCGUCGCCCAGGGGCCGCGGACGAGUUUAUCUCGCGCGGCGGUUCUGCCGUGGUGUCGCCGUUUGGCGACGUGCUCGCCGGGCCGCAGUGGGAGGACGAGCAGGGCAUCAUCUACGCCGACGUCGAUUUCGAAGAUUGCGUCCGGGGCCGUCUGGAUCUGGACCUCGGAGGAAGUUACUCUAGGAAUGACUCGUUCAAGUUUGAGGUUGAAGGUCUGGAGAUGGAUCCGUUACCGUACUAUUGA